UGGCAGCUGGUUGCACAGCUGAACGGUGGUUUUAUUAAAAACUCUUUUAGAAUUUGAUUUGAGUGAGGUUUCACUGCUGAGAAGGGUGCUGCUGCGUUUGCACAUUUAGAUGCAUGUGGAUAUAUUUGUGUUUUGGUGUCUUUGAUGAAGCUGCCUUACAAUUCAAGCUGAGUUCUCUGUUGAGCUUCAGCAGCAAAUAUGUUUGCUUGAAUUGUUUGGUUUGGUUUCCAGUUUGCUCUGGAUGUUUUUAUUUUCUGUGGUACUAGGAUCCCUACAUGCGUUUUAUCUGAAGAGAUAAUUUUUUUAAAAUUACGGUUUCAGUUUGCUGUGCUCGGUAAGUGUGUCGCCAUGAAGGAGGAAAUUGCUGCCGCUGUGUUCUUUUUGGCUCGGCUGGUGAAGAGAUACGGAUGUCUGGACAAUGACAGCAGAGAGCGCUUUGCUGCUUCCCUCACCUCCCUUCUGUUUGAGAACUACAAGAACCACUGGCACCCAAGUGCACCCGCCAGGGGUCAGGCCUACAGGUGUCUGCGUAUGAACAGUGUUCGGCUACAGGACCCGGUGCUGGAGCAGGUCUGCGAGCGGAGCGGGGUGAGGUACGAGGACCUGGGCCUGCCCCAGGAGCUGACAGUGUGGGUCGACCCUGGAGAGGUGUCCUGCAGGUAUGGUGAACACAGCAGUCCAUUCUGCGUCUCAGUGGUGGACAACUGUCGGCGCGGUGAUGGGGAAUUAUCCCGCCGCAUCCAUGAAGCUGUGGAACGGGCGAGUCUCGAGGUCCCAUCAGGAAGCUCAUCAGAUGAGGAUGAAGAUGGCGGUGGAGACAACAGCAUGAGCAUGAGUACCAGCAGCAGCAGCCUUUCAACCCUCUGCCCUCAAAUCCCACCCAUGAACAGUGAACCCAAAACCAUUCCGACUGUUAGCAACCCCAACAGUGUUUACAGGUUCAGCGAGUUCUCUCCAGGUGCCCCUCAGAGCUGGCUGAGGGAGAAGCGGAAAGGCUUUCCAGGAGACAUGUUCCCACCUCAUGGCGCUCCUGCUGGAGCCCACUUCUCAAGCCAGAAAGGCUUCAGAUCCUAUCGAGCCACGUUCACCUUCACUGGGCCUCGUGUUGACAAGUACCACUGGGUCAGCAAAUCGCGAUCCUAGCCUUAAAGCUACAAACCAGAAUCUGGUUCCUGCUGAUGUCGGAUUUAGGCCACACACUUUGUACAUCUUUUAAAGGAUAAGCUUAUUUGUACCUGAUUUAAAGUAAUGCUGUUUAAGUAUGUUUUUAAGAUGUGAAAAUUGAUAUUUUAAAUAAUUCUUCACUCUAAUUGUCUUUUUUAAAUUAAAGUGUGAAUAAAGUAACAUUGACCUGUCAUUGAAAAGAAAUAAAUAGAUUCAUGCCAGCUCUACUGGCCAUAACA